AUGGAUGCUGCUUGGAGCAAUUUUCUCUUCCAGAAUACUCCCACCCAAAAUACAGGGGAUGGCAGUCUCCAAUCAGAGCUGAUGCCAGCGGAGAGUUCUCCUCAAACCCCACCCACAGACCACAUAGCAGAGCAGCCUCCUUCCACCGUGGACACGGCGGCUCUCAAUGAGGAGCCCAUGCCAGAAAAGCCAGUGUCCCGUCCUGCUCGUGUUUCCCACAUCUGUGCCAUUUGCAACAAGCAGUUCAAGAACAACUACAAUCUGCGGCGGCACCAGUCAGUCCACACUGGGGUACGCAUGAAGGACAGGGCCAGAGACCAGGCGGAGGGAGGGAAAGAGGCAUUGGUGGGCCACGUAGCAGCGGUCAUCCCGUCGGUGGUGGCGGUGGGGGGCGAAGGUGGGAUGGAGAGAACCACAGUGCCCCUGUCCCUUCUACACCUCUCUGUACCUCCCACUCUCGACCCUCCCGACGUGCUGACGGGAGUCCAGCACCCCACCCUCAUUAGUCAGGAUGGUGAAGGGGUUGCCAUUGCAAACGUAGUGGCCAAUAUUGUCCCCCAUGCUCCGCCUCCUGCUGCUGUCGUCAUGGCCACAGGGACGACAGUACAGCGUCCCUCAAAUACAAACUCGAACCCGGUGAAGAAGAACCACGCCUGUGAGACCUGCGGGAAGGCGUUCCGCGACGUGUACCACCUGAACCGUCACCGGCUGUCGCACUCUGACGAAAAGCCGUUCUCCUGCCCCAUCUGCCAGCAGCGAUUCAAGAGGAAGGACCGCAUGAGCCACCACGUGCGCUCCCAUCAAGGCGGCGUGGAAAAGCCUUAUGUCUGCCCCCAAUGCAGCAAAGCCUUCUCCAGGCCUGACCACCUCAACAGUCACGUUCGGCAGGUCCACUCCUCAGAGCGCCCUUUCAAAUGCCCGACCUGUGAGUCGAGCUUCGCGACAAAAGACCGCCUGCGUGCACAUAUGAUCCGCCACGAAGAGAAGGUUCCGUGUCACAUAUGUGGGAAGCUUCUCUCUGCGGCGUACAUCACGGAUCACAUGAGAGUGCAUAACCAGUCGCAGCACCACGUCUGCCACCUGUGCAACCGGAGUUUUACGACUCUCACUUAUCUCCGUGUCCACGCUCAAAAGCAUCAUGGCCAAGAGUGGAAGGACAGUCCUGGAGGUUUUGGUGGCACCACUUCAGGGGGAGUCCUUGUUUGCCACUUGUGUGGUGUUCAUUGCAAGACCCCAACCCAGCUCCAAGGGCACAUGGGCACCCACAACAACAACCAGGCAGCCCCCAGCACGGACAGCUCCAGUGUGGCCUCCAGCUCAGUGUCUCUCAGCAACAUGGUGACUGCCCACCCGGUCUACGUCACUGGUGGGACUGUGGUGGACCUGCUGGUCACAGACUGCUCGAGUAUCGCUGUAUCUCAGUCACAGAGUUAG